GGUCAGGCUCCGCCCAGCUUGCCCGGCAUCGCUCGCGCGGGUGGAGUCAAGAUGGAGGAGUACGCGAGAGAGCCUUGGCAGCACCGGCUUGAGCAGCCCGUCGGCUUCUCAGCGCUGUACUCCCCCGGCGCGUGUGGCAGCCUCGCCGCCUCCAACCUGGCACUCUGGUGACCUUGCUUUGGAUGAGGAAGUCCAGGCUUGGGCUAGAUGGAGCCUCGGAACCUGUUCCCACCCCAGGACGUAGUCGACCUUGUGCGGGCCCUUGGCGAAUUGUGGAUGAUUGUGGCGGGGCCUUCACGAUGGGUACCCUAGGUGGUGGUAUCUUUCAAGCAGUCAAAGGUUUUCGCAAUUCUCCAGUGGGAGUAAACCACAGACUACGAGGGAGUUUGACAGCUAUUAAAACCAGAGCUCCACAGUUGGGAGGUAGCUUUGCAGUUUGGGGUGGUUUAUUUUCCAUGAUUGACUGCAGCAUGGUUCAAGUCAGAGGAAAAGAAGAUCCCUGGAACUCCAUCACAAGUGGUGCCUUAACAGGAGCCAUACUGGCAGCAAGAAAUGGACCCGUGGCCAUGGUUGGGUCAGCGGCGAUGGGUGGCAUUCUUCUAGCUUUAAUCGAAGGAGCUGGUAUCUUGUUGACGAGAUUUGCCUCUGCACAAUUUCCCAAUGGUCCUCAGUUUGCUGAAGACCCCUCUCAGUUGCCUUCAGCCCAGUUACCAUCCUCACCUUUUGGAGACUAUCGACAAUAUCAAUAGGACUUCUUUUCCAGGAUUUCUUUACCGGAAUGAGCUGCAGUUCAAGAAAAAAUUUCAGAAGAUAAGUUACAGUCUGCUUUUAAAACCAGAGGUGGGACAGCUAUGGCCAAAUAGGCUUUGAAGAGACACUUAGCUCUUUUUUCUAUUUACAGGAACUGGGCGGGGC